CACAACCGCAGUUCCUCCAGCUCACAACUACACAUACAGGACACAGAGAGAGAGAGAGAGAGAGCGAGAGAGGAGACAACUAACUCGUACUCACACACCAUUAGGGAGAGAGAAAGCAAGACAGAGGUUUAAAACACUGAAUUUAUGAAUGAACAACGACUAGGGUUUUUCAAUUUCUACUCUAUAUAUACACCUUCUGAGUUUCUCUCAGUUCCAUUCUCUCUUCCUCUCUCACCCUCUCUCUCUCUCUCUAAAUCCCAGUUAUUUCUCUUGUUUUCUUUGCUCUACAGAUCAAAGGGUUGUUGUAAAAGCUAAUCAGUGAAGUGGGUUUUGGGUUUUGAAGCAAUGUUGGAGUACGAAUGGGGAAACCCAUCAACAGUCAUGCACUCCGGCGAAGAAGCCACCGGAGAUUCCGACCCGAACCGCCAGAUUUUCGAUCACUACGCUCAAGCUUUCAACGAAACCCUCGUGAAUUCAACUGGGUUUUCUCAGAAUCAACACCACUUUCAUCAACCACAACAACCUUUCCACCACCCCCAAACCCAAGCCUACUCGCACUCUCUCUACGACCCACGCGCCUUCGGAGUCUCCUACGCGCCGCCUUCGCCAGCGAUGCUGUCUCUCGACCACGUCGGCGGAGCCACGGUGGAGCACGGCGGGUACGUGGUGGCGCCGAAGAGCGAACCGGUUGCGGACUUCGCGUCGAGGAUUGGGUUGAAUUUGGGCGGUCGGACUUAUUUCUCGUCUUCAGAGGACGAUUUUGUGAACCGGCUGUACAGGCGGUCGAGGGCGGUCGAACCAGGUUCGGUGAACUCGCCGAGGUGUCAGGCCGAGGGAUGUAAUGCCGAUCUGACUCACGCGAAACACUAUCACCGACGCCAUAAAGUCUGCGAGUUUCACUCCAAAGCGUCUACUGUAAUCGCCGCCGGGUUGACUCAGCGGUUCUGUCAACAAUGUAGCAGGUUUCAUGUUCUGUCGGAGUUCGACAACGGGAAGCGAAGCUGCCGGAAAAGGUUGGCGGAUCAUAAUCGCCGGAGGCGAAAGUCUCAUCAUCUUCCAAGCCAAGAACCCAAGUCCCAACUUGAAAAUGCUCGUACUUCAUCGUCCGAUAACCCUCCAAGGUCUCCACCUGACUCGGGAGCUCACUCAUCUUCCUCGGUGACAAUGGCGAUCUCACCGCCACGAAUGUCACUUGAUUGUUUCCGGCAAAGAUCAUAUCAAGCAGCCACGAGUUCAUCUCCAUCGACAAGCUCACUCUUUUUCUCCAAUGGGUAACUUUCCGGCAACAUGCCGAUCAAAUCCCAAGCUCCAUCUCCAACUGUUGACUAGUAGUGAAGCACUGAAGAUCAAGAAAUAGGUGUUUUAACCCUCUCUAGUAUUUCUAAAUUCUCUAGCAAUAUUUAAUAUUCUCCAAGGUGGGUGUUGUUAUAGAGACAUCAAUCAAAUGAUCAUAUGUUGUAUAUCUAUUUUCCUUUCCUGGAAAAUUCAAUACAGUCAUUUCUGUUUUUUCCCGGGAAAUUGUGAAGUGGUAUCUCUUUUAUUUCA